AUGCAUUCUGAACUUUCUGGGAUGGAUUGGAGGGAUCCAGAUCUAAAUGAGGAUUAUAAAUCUCCUUUUGAUUUCAAUAGUGGAGUUAACAAAAACUAUCUCUACCUGUCACCUAGUGUAAACAUCUCUCCACCUGGAUCACCUGUACAGAAGAAUUCUGGUUUGCUGAGCUCAGACACAGUACCUGAGGUAGGAGAGGAUGCUGCUGCUACUGUUAAUCUGACAGAAAAUCUUUCUGAAGAAGAACAGGAGGAACUAAGAAAAGAACUUGCUAAGGUAGAAGAGGAAAUCCAGACGCUCUCACAGGUGCUAGCUGCCAAGGAGAAGCAUCUAGCAGAGAUCAAGAGAAAAUUAGGAAUCAAUUCACUGCAGGAACUGAGGCAGAACAUUACCAAAGGCUGGCAAGAUGUGACUUCUACUUCAGCAUAUAAGAAGACAUCAGAAACCCUGUCUCAGGCUGGGCAGAAGGCUUCUGCUGCUUUUUCAUCAGUUGGCUCAGUCAUCACAAAGAAGCUGGAAGAUGUGAAAUUGCAGGCAUUUUCACAUUCCUUUAGUAUACGCUCCAUACAACAUUCAAUUAGCAUGCCUGUUAUGAGAAAUUCUUCUACUUUCAAGUCAUUUGAAGAAAAGGUUGAAAACUUAAAGUCUAAAGUUGGAGGAGCCAAGCCUGCUGGAGGUGACUUUGGAGAAGUCUUAAACUCAGCUGCCAAUGCUAGUGCCACAGAAACUAUUACAGAACAGAUACAGGAGGAGACCCAGUGAGAUUCCUGCCUUUGUCCUGCUACCCACUGCCAGAUGCUGCAAGCAAAAACUAAGCACAUUUGUAAUGUUCUUCACUGUCCGUUUCCACCAGAUGUGCUUUUACUUAGCACUUAGCUUUAUAUCAAUUUGAUAAAAUAGCUUGUUUGUGGGUUUAAAAUAUUUUUGGAACUAAAGUAGAUUGUAUCAGCCUGGCUUUUGGGGGGAAGGGACAUUUUUAUGCUUUUCAAGUACUUAAAGGAUAUAUCCCUGAUUUUAAAGGCAAUCUCUAAAAUGUUGCUUUGAAAAACUUUAGACAAACCUACUAAUACUGUACAUAUAGUAUGUGGAUUCAUAACUUCCUUUUGGAGGCUGUGAUUAUUAGCAAUUCUCUUCACUUAUAAGAAUUGGCAUUCUACUUUUACUGCCAAACUGAAGGUUUACUUCACUCCUUUGGUGGUUUCAGUGCAACAGUUCCCUAAAUUGGACAUCACACUUGGAAGAUUACUCCAAGCUGCAGAAAAAGGAUUUCUGCUUCAACAUUAUGAAUAACAUCAUUAUAGCAGGUUUCCACAAGUGUAUAUUAAUCUACUGUAGUCAAAACCUGUUGAGUCCUAAACUGCAUUUGGUGCAUGUGGGGCAAAGGACAUAAUCCUAACUAGCAUUCAGACUUGCUGACUUCUCUGUGGGUCCUGUGACUAGAUUUAAUGUCCUAAGAGUGGGUUUCUCAGAGUGCUCCAAAUGAAAGUGAGAUGCCUAAUGCUGCUGGUCUAGUAUCUGAGCCAGUUUGUUUAUCCCAGUACACUAUAUUGUGAGUUCUUCACUUGAUGCUUUAAUGCCUGAAUUAUUCUGCUGUGAUAAAAUGGCAGUCACUGGAAUAAUGGUCUCCAAUGGUGGUGAUUCUAAAACUACUUCUAUUCUGGUAUUAAUAUUGAAUCUUACACUAAAAACAUGGAGUGGAGAUGAAAUGUGAACACAUUCCUACAGCUGCUGCAAAAAAUAUUUCUAACAAGUCAUUACUGAUUAAUUCCAAGUCAGUUAUGGGAAUUAAUGUUUUUUAAAACCUUUCACCAUGCUGUAGUAAACUUGCACAGCAUUUGCAGGCAAGAGCCAUUGCUCUAGGAGGCAGAGGGCCUUUGAGAUGUUCAAACUAUUUCAUGUUCUCAAGACUCUUGUCCUAAGUCUUUUUUGUUAGAGGCUUGAAAAUUAGCAAUACUGUUUGCACCCUGGAGACUCCACUCCUGCUUAACCAUUGAGAUCCACUCUUGAAACUUUACCCAUUUCAAAGCCUACAGCAGACCUUGUAAGAGGGCUAUGUUGCUUUACAUGUUGACUAUACAUCUACUUUAUGUACUUUGGACGUUGCUUGUAUUAUGUACAUGUCUGGCACAUGUUGGUCAUUAUCAAAUUGUAACUUAUGCCAAAUGUCUCAUCACUGAGCUUGGAAUGAACUGGAAGCAAUUAAAAA